ACUCCCGUCGGCCGCUCCUUGGUCUCUCCGGUCUCUCCGUGUCUCGUGUACCGACACCAUCCAACAAAUUUUACCCAGAGCAAUAUCCCGAAAUCACUCAUUAUCACAAUCUUCAUCCGGGGAAGCAAGUGAUUAUUGAGUGUCGAGUCAAUCGAAUUGUUCGACGACGAUGCAGGCCAUCAAGUGCGUCGUUGUUGGUGACGGAGCUGUUGGUAAGACGUGUCUGCUGAUCAGUUACACCACCAAUGCCUUCCCCGGGGAGUACAUACCCACAGUCUUCGAUAACUAUUCGGCUAAUGUUAUGGUUGAUGGUAAACCGAUAAAUCUUGGACUGUGGGAUACAGCGGGUCAGGAGGAUUAUGACAGGCUGAGGCCACUGUCCUAUCCCCAGACUGAUGUUUUUCUCAUCUGCUUUUCACUUGUGAAUCCAGCGAGUUUUGAGAAUGUUCGGGCCAAGUGGUAUCCCGAGGUACGUCAUCAUUGUCCAGCUACACCGAUUAUCCUUGUGGGGACGAAACUCGAUCUACGCGAGGAUAAGGAGACCAUCGAGAAGCUCAAAGACAAGAAACUUGCGCCGAUAACCUAUCCACAGGGAUUGGCAAUGGCCAAAGAGAUCGGAGCAGUGAAAUAUCUCGAGUGCUCGGCUCUAACGCAAAAGGGCCUGAAAACAGUGUUCGACGAGGCGAUACGCGCGGUAUUAUGUCCAGUUCUCCAGGCAAAACCAAAGCGCAAGUGUUGCCUCCUAUAAUAUUAAUUUAUCAACGACGCCUGAUCGACCCUCGAGCGUGUGUCACCUGUCGUCUCCGCAGCUUCCAAGUGAAGUUGAAUUAGCGUGGAUCAAGUGAAAAUUUUUCUAUUGUUUUUCCCCUUCUCCUCUAUUAUCGUAGGGAAUGUGAAAAGAAAAAUGGCAGGAGUUAUCAGCGCACAAAAUACCGAGUGUACAGAAGGAAAAAAUGGAAGAGAGCUUAUCAAAUGUAUUUAGGGAGGACUAAAUACGAGAGAAAUAAUGUGGGAUGUAUGGAACCGCGUGGUUUCCUUUACUGGAACAUUCAAUGUACAACACUUUUUAUUUUCUAUUUAAAUUACAUUUUUCCUCGCGUUAUCAUGAAUCACGAUCGAGGUGAGUCAAAACUCAGCGUCGAUGGAAUUUACUGGAAGGGAUGAGAAAUUUUAAUUACACAAUUUUUCGAGAACAAGGACUCGUCGGAGUCGAGAAUUGGAACCAAUAGUGUACAGAGGAGAAGAAAACUAGAGAAUAUAUGAAUUGAGUCAGUGGCGAAGGUGUAAUUUUACUUGAAUGAAUUUACAAUUUUUCUUACUGAUUGAUUUGUUAGCAAAACUGUCGGUCUAUGGGGAAAGGGUCAAAAGACUUUUUUUGUUGCUGAUUAAAUUUUCAACACAAAGUGUUUUUGAUGUUUCCCUCUCAAAUUAAUAGUUUUUGAGAUCAGUUGAGAUUUCAGAAAAUUGUAAAAUUCUACUUGUACCAUUUUACAACUUUUCCACUGAAUUUUCUCAUCUGUUGGCAGUAACUACUGUGAUAAUUCGAUUGCCACAGCAGUUAUUGGAGACUCGAUGCACAAUACAAAACCGUUUAGACGUAAUGGAGGCGAUUAACGAAAGAGAAAUAGUUAUAACGAGAAAUUACGAUAAUUACAUUCAAACCAUGCUCUAGAGUCGUGCAAGUUUUAGGUUCGUAAGGGGAGGGGAGAGAUCCAGAGGUUUUUAAUGAGUGCAUCUUUCAGUGCUCUCUCGAUCCGCAUUUAUUGGCUUCGUUAGGAAAUCCCAAAUUUGUUGCUCUUGCACAAUUUGCGGUUUUUUUUUAUUGUGUAGGUUUUGUAAAUCGUGACGUUUUAAUUUUUACUAUCUGAAUUCGUCGAUUAUCUCGGGUAGAUAGAGUUCCAGAGCGAAAUAUCAGAGGAACUUUUUGUAUCUGAUUAAAUUUCAAACCGGAAGUUCCAGUGAUAAUUUUUUCUAGAGUCCUUCAUCCUCGAGAUAAUGACAGACUCAGUGGCGAGUGAAUCGAACAUUCACGUUUUGCAAUUUCUCAGUUGAAUGAUAGGUUUGAAAAGUAAUAAUAAAAAAAUGUGAGUCAUUCUCACCCGCCGUAUGCCUACGAAGAAUAGAAAUUAAACACGAUCGAGUAGUUGAGAGGAAAAAUUCCGAAUAAAUUGCACCGAGAAGACGCAUUAACAAUAGGCCAAUAAAAUGUGAAGAACCAGAAGAAGAAGUAUCCCACGAUUUUUAUUUCGAUUCAUCCUUGGUGUGACUAGGUAAAGUGUGGAUGUUACGAACGCAUGGGUUAUAAACAAAAUAAAUAAAACGUAAAAAAAAAAAACUAGAUGCAAGUGAGCGAGUGAUGAAAUAGAAAAUAAUUGUAAAUAACUGCUGGAGUUCAAACUCAUUCCUAUUACUGUCAUCAUCGCGUCGUAUGUGUAAGCUACUAAUCGAAUCUAAAUCGAAGGGAGAAGAAACGUUACUUGUUUUUUAUAUAUAUAUUUGAGUAUAUACGAAAAAUGAUUGAAAAGAC